GAAUCGUCACUGGAAGGAAGGCAAGAAAACUAAAGUCACUGCUGCCUGUAUCCUAUCGGUUUGCACCUACACCGACACAGAGAUGAAAAGAGGAAUCGUGCUAAAAGAUGACUGGCCAGGAUAUAGUCUGGACCUGUUCACCUACCCUGAACACUACCAUGAAGACAUAGAGAGUGUAUACAUUCCACACGGGGUAAUCAUGAACAGGGUGGAGCGUCUGGCCCACUACAUCAUGGAUGACUUUGGGGAGCACAACAACAUAAUGGUACUGUGCGUCUUGAAGGGAGGCUACAAGUUCUGUGCGGACCUGGUAGAGUUCAUUGAGGUUCUCGGCCGCAACUCCAACAAGUACCUGGAAACGCGGGUGGAGUUCAUCCGUCUGAAGAGCUACCUGAAUGACCAAUCGACAGAGGAGCUGCACAUCAUAGGAAGCGGAGAUCUGUCGUUCCUGCGUGGAAAGAGCGUGCUCAUUGUGGAGGCCAUAGUUGACACAGGAAAGACCAUGAAGGCUCUUCUGAAGCAUGUGGAGACCUUUGAACCCAAGAUGGUCAAGGUCGCAGGUCUGUUGGUGAAGAGGGUCCCUAACAUGACUGAAAGUCUGACCGACUAUGUUGGAUUUGAAAUCCCCAACCACUUCGUCGUGGGUUAUGCUUUGGACUACAAUGAAUACUUCCGUGACCUGAAUCAUAUCUGUGUCAUCACACAAGAACUGGGAAGAUGA